CAAGCCCAUCUUCCCUGGGGCAGGGCGGGGCAGGGGCACUGGUGGAGACUCCUGCAAGGACAAAGCAUAUUCACCUGGAGUGCUCACUUCCCACCGACAAGCAGGCGCCUCAGCACUGGAGUCAGCAGGCUGUCACUCCCCCCCACCCCCCACAGAGUAGGAGUUCCUGAGACUUUAAAUGAGAGGACAGAGGGCCAGGGACAUAGCACAUGUCUGAGACAGGGGGGGCUGUGUUCAUCAGGUCUCUUUCAGGUGUCAGGAACAGAAGCCCCACGCCAACUCGGUUGAGUUUACAGAGCUGGAAGGUCCAGGAGUGGACUCCAGGCACAGCUGGGCCCAAGAGAACACUUGUCACUUGCUCAUGCUUUCACAGAAGCUCCCUAUACUGGGCUGGGAGGGUGCUGGGACCCCAGAGGCACAGGCCUCAGCUGGAAGAGCUGGCUCGUCUCUCGAAUGAGGUAUUUCCCUCCCCAGUGUCUGUGGUUGUUCCGGACCGUUCAACUAAUCCUUUCCAUAUGUCUGGGAACGUGGAUUUCUUCCUGCUCAGAGAUCAGGAGCGGGAUAAGUUUCACGCAGAGCGGCAGAAGAAGAAGAUGCUGCAGUUGCACCAGAAGAUGACCUACUCAUCCAAAGUGUUGGCCAAGCACGCCAGCCUGCUGCAUGAGCUGCAGCUACAGGACCGGGCGGAUGACCAGGAGGCGCGUGCCCUGGCCGAGGCCCAGCAGAUGAGCGCCUUCCAGGAGGACCACACCUCCUGGAAGCUGGCCAUGACCAAAGAAAAGAAAGAGGAUUCUGACAGCAUAUACAAGUACAUCAACCAGAAGCGGCAAAUGUUCCUCCUCCAGUAUGCCCUGGAUAUGAAGCGGAGUGAGAUCCAGCGGCUGGAGAUGCUGGCAACAAAGGAGGAGGCGGAGCUGGAGCGGGCUGAGAAGUCCCUGGAGAAGGAUUCGACCCUGUUCGAUGAGUUCCUCAGGGAGAAUGACCGCAGCUCAGUGCAGGCCCUGAAAGAGGCAGAGAAGGAGACCAAAGUGAAGAUAGAGAAGAUCACUGAAAUCCGAGAGCUGACCACCCAGAUCAUGAAUAUCAAAAGCGAAAUCUCCAGAUUUGAAGACACUCUGCAACAUUACAAGGUCUGCAAGGAUUUCCUGUACAAACUGUCGCCCAGGGACUGGCUGGAGGAGCAAGAGAAAAAGCACUUGGCUCUCAGACAGGCCAAGGAGGCCGCCAAGGCCAAGGAGAACGCUCAGUCGUCACAAGGGGACAAAGGACCGGGGACCAAGGGCAAGAUGACCUCCAAAGAAGGGCAAAGCCCUCGGAAGCCCUGGAGAGUGCUGCAGGUGAUCCGGGUCGGGCAGGUGCUGGCCAGCCCCGGCCAUCACGACCAUCAGCCUGCGUCGGACUCCAAAAAGUCCAGCUCUUCUACCUUACCCAAGGAAGAGGACCCAGACAGCGACGGGGAGGGGCUGGAGCUGUACUUCAAGGAGCCCCACCAGCUCCUGGAAGUCUUUACAACCCUGGAGGAGCAGAACCUCUCGCUGAUCCAGAACACACAGGAGAUGGAGGAGGCCCUGGAGGAGCUGAGCUUCACCCUGAAAAAUACCCAGAUCCGCAUGGAUAGGGAGGUCAACCAGCUGAAGCAGUGGAUCACCACACUGAUGAUGUCCAUCACCAAGGAGGAGGAGACAGCUGCCGAGCUGGAGCUCAAAGCACGAGUCUUCCAUUUCGGCGAGUACAAGGGCGCACAGGAGGACAAGCUGCUGGAGAGCCUCAACCGCAAGGUGCAGGACGUGUACCGGCAAUGUGUGGGUCCCCAGCAGGAGUCCAGCCUGGGCACCGUGCAGAUGCUGACCGUCAUUGAACACCAGCUGGACGAGCUGCUCGAGAACCUGGAGCGUGUGCCCCAGAUCAAGAUCGAGCAGGCCGAGAAGGCCAAGGAGAAGGAGCGGCGCCAGAGACUCCGGGAAGAGAAAGCCAGGAUACAGAAGCAGCUGCAAGAGGAGCGUCUCCAACGGGCCCAAGCCCGGGCCCAGGCUGAGAUCAAGAAGAAGAGAGGCAGAAAGCUGGUGUCCCGCUCCGAGCCCCCGGCCCUGAAAACCAAGGAGGAGCCUGAGCAGGAGCUGCUGGACAAGGAGAAGGAGGAGCACCUGUUCUUCUUCACCUAGCCUUCCGGGCGCUGCCAUGGCUGACGGCAAAGGGAGGACGGCAGCGGGAAGCGAACAGGGCUGUGUCAGGGCAGAUGCAGCCCUCGCUGUGCGCCUCAUGGUCUCCUGCUGUAUGUUUCUUUACUCGUGAAAUAAACCCCAUGACUCUUUGGUGUCUAAGGGCUGUUUAAGGAGGUAGAUCCUAUCUCCCAAUGCCAGCACUCCUCUUAAUCAUUAACCCUAAGAAAUGCUGGAGGGAAGGAGGCCACCUUGGCUCCCAUCUAAAACAACUGCUUUAAGAGACAAGCCACGUCCACGCUGCGGUGCCGUGUGGGGCCAGCCCCAACACAACGACAAGGAAGGAAAGCAGCAAGCUGGGCAG